CGUCGUCGUCCUCGACUCACCUCACCUCCCACAGAGCCCUCCCACCACUUAAGUUUCUCUUCCGCGCUUGUGUCGCUUCCGCGCUUGUUUCUCUUGCGCGCUAGAUCCAUCCUGCUCCAGUCCAGACCCCGCAACGCCACCAGAUGACGCCGAGCCACAUACAAAAUGCUCGUUCGCGCCUGUGUCCAUCCUCGUCCUAUUCUCGUCCCAUUUUGCGGCGCUGCCUCCUUCGAUGGUCCGCUGGCGGUCAACGGUUCUCGUCUGCUCUGCUGGCGAACCCCACAGCGAAUUAGGGUUGAGUAUUUAGAAUGAGUCGGUAUCGGGGAUUCGAUUCGGGUCGGGUCGGGGUCGACACGUCACGACGCUUCUUGAGUUUGGCCAUGGCUUUCCCAAACCCUGCCUCGCUGGCCACGCAAUCUUUCCAACGCGCAUUACUGGCAGGCAGUGCUCUCACGCGCCACCCCACUCCUUCCGCCGCCAGCCCACUCCUUUUCUUCUCGCCAGCCCACUCCAGCCCACUCACGGCCCACUCCGUGCAGAAAGGCUCUCACGAGGCACUUUGAAACCCUUUCUCCUAGGACAUAAGCGCGGAUGCCGCGCACGAUGGUAGUCAAGGGGUCAAGUCAAGCGUUUUUUUCUGGAGGGGGACUCUCAUUCGCCCGCGGAUUCCUCCGCCGGGGGGGACGUUGCGCCGAACUCCUCCCCCGCGGGCCUUCCCACCGCGGCGAGUCUCCCUCUCACGGGGGGGUCCGUGAGGUAUUUAAUCCCCCCUCUCGGCCUCUCCUUCACCACAGCCUUGGCUUUGAGAGCCUCUCAGCCUUUGCGCCCCUUGUUGCAAGCCACUAGUACCACAGUACUAGUGCUGCACGUGCUCCCCGAGAACUCCGCUGACCCUUACGACUCCUACCACACGCACACCUAUUAGUUCUGCUGCGGCUCCAUCUCGCUAUCUCCUGCUGUUGCUGCUCCUGCUGCUGUCAAGGGGUCAUCUCCACGUGAUACCUCCGAGGGUGCAAUCUCAGCUCGUGACGUCAUCGCCGUCAUCACCAUCGUUCCAUCAUCACCAUCAUGGGUCGUCUGGUGCUUGCUGCGGCGCUCGUGGCCCUCGUGCUCUCCGCCUGUGCGCCCAUGGCUGCCGCCAUCCGCCUGCCGUCGACCACGCCCUGCAAAUGGGGGCACGGCAGGGACGCGUCAGGCAACUGCGCUGACACCUGCGCAAUCCGCAACUGCGGCACCAACUCCAAGUGCCUCAAGGACGAGGCCGGCUGGGCCAACUGCGUGUGCCUCAAGGGCUUCCAGCUGCUGCCCAACGCCUCCUGCGCCCACUCGUGCGCCAUCUUGGUGUGUGACCUGCAUUCGACGUGCGUGAAGGAGGAGGACUCGUUGGCCAAGUGUGUGUGCAACUGGGGCUACAUCAUGACCCCCGAUGGCGUCUGCGUUGAUGCAUGUGAGGUCGCGGCCUGUCGCACCAAUUUCACGUGUGCCAGAAAUCCCGACAAUCUGGCCGACGUGAAUUGUGAAUGCCAGGAGGGAUACGCGCUGUCAGGGGACAAAUGCAUUGACAAGUGCGACCUCAAGGGGUGUUUGGGUGGCACGUGCAGCCAGAUCGAUGGAGAGGCAGUGUGUGACUGCCAUGGUGCGACCACUGGCCUCAAACUGCUGGAGGACACGGUCACGUGCCAAGAUGCAUGUGUGCUCGAGGCGUGUCGCACCAAUUUCACAUGUGCCAGGAAUGUUGACAAUCUGGCCAACGUGCGCUGUGAAUGCGAGGACGGAUACGCGCUGGCGGAGGACGGCACAUGCAUUGACAAGUGCGACCUCAAGGGGUGUUUGGGUGGCACGUGCAGCCAGAUCGAUGGAGAGGCAGUGUGUGACUGCCAUGGUGCGACCACUGGCCUCAAACUGCUGGAGGACACGGUCACGUGCCAAGACAAGUGCGACCUCAAGGGGUGUUUGGGCGGCGGGACGUGCAGCCAGAGUGAUGGAGUGGCAGUGUGUGACUGUGAUAUGGAGACCAGUGGCAAAGUGCUGCUGGCUGACACGGUCACCUGCAAAGAUGCAUGUCAGGUGGAGGGCUGUGCUGCCCUUGGCGAGUUUGGGCGGUGCAUCAGGAAUCCAAUGAAUGCAUCCGACGUGCGCUGUGCAUGCAAGGAUGGCUACGUGCUGUCAGGAGGCAUAUGCGUUGACGCAUGUGAGCUCGAGGCCUGUGCAAUCAAAGACACCAAAUCCGAGUGCAUCAGGAAUCCGCUGAAUCUGACCGAUGUGCACUGUGCAUGCGUGGAAGGCUACGUGCUGUCAGGAGGCAAAUGCACUGAUGCGUGUUUGGUGCAGGCCUGUGCUACCAAAGACACCAAGUCCGAGUGUAUCGUGAAUCCGCAGAAUAAGACCGAUGUGCACUGUGCAUGCCUGAAUAAGUACGUGCUGUCAGGAGGCGUAUGCACUGACACCUGCGCGCUGAAGGGCUGUGUGGGCGGCACGUGCGACCAUAACACCGAUGGGUCGGCAUUCUGCUCUUGCAAUGCUGAUGCUGGCUUCGUGCUGCUGGGUGAUAAGUUGACGUGCGAACACGUGUGCACUAUUGAGAACUGCAAGAAAAAGGAUCCCAACUCUUUUUGCACAUGGACUAAGGCCGGUGGGGCAACGUGUCCUUGCAUGCUGGGUUUCGAUACCCCAGUAGGAGGCGGCUUGUGCACUGACACCUGCACACUCAAGGGUUGUGGUGCGCACAGCACCUGCAAGCACCGCGGCGAUGGAUCGGCAUUCUGCGUUUGUGACACUGGUUAUACACUGCAGGAAGAUGGCGUGACGUGCAAGGACAAAUGCGCAGCCAUCAAAUGUGGUGGGAACGGCACGUGCAAGGUUGACACUGCUGGCGUGGCGUCCUGCGUUUGUGACGCUGGUUUCAUUCUGCAAUCCGACGGCAAGACAUGCAUUGAGAGUUGUGGCACCAAGAGCUGUGACCCCACUUCUGAUUGCGUCAAGAACGCUGCAGGCGUGGCGUCCUGUGUUUGCAAGGCGGGCUAUCAGAACGUUUCCGGCACGUGUGUCGGCCCAGCCACAUGUGGCAACUGCCCCACUGGAGCCACUUGCGCUGUUGCUUUCGGCAGCAUUCCAUACUUCGUCUGUCCUGCCGGCUAUGGCAUGACCAAUGCUGGUUGCGUCAGUGGAGCCACGCCUACCGUUUCGUCCACCAGCUUCACCUUCUACGAUCAGACCAACCACACCAUAACCCCCAACACUUACACCCUGCGCUUGCCCUUCGACGGCUGCACGGACCUCCCUGCCUCAACUGGCGCAAACGUCCGGUCGUUUUGGCACUUAGACUGGGUGCCAGGAGGGGCUGGGAACUGCGUGGCUGUGAAUCAAUUCAGCCAGGCGGGGUGUGCUGGCACGCCUACUCCGCGCCCUGCCUCGACUUCCGGGAUUGGUGCCAGGGGUUCAGUCAAUUAUUAUCCGUAUACUUACCGCUCUUUCAGCUGUGUUCAUUAAGUCCAGCAGCCCAACUUCUAAAGCAGCCGUCGGAGAUAUUGAAAUUUGAAGGUUUCUGACCUGCUGGAUGCUGCCAGCUUCGAGGGCAACAAUGGUUCGUUCUUCACGGAGUACGGUCGUUGCUAGCCCCCCCCCCCAUCCCCCUUCCUCCCCAGGCUCCUCCCCUCUCCCUGCUUGUACUAUGGGUGUGUGAGUGUGCAUGGCAGGGUGAGAUUAGUAGCUUUGAGUUUUGUUGUUGUAUGGAUGUGAAUCUAUCAUCAUGUGUAUGAUAAGCACAUAACAUGGUUAGAUUCCAACUAUUUCAGUAGCUAAUAAUGCAUAUGUUCCACUGACCAAUCAAUCUUUGCAGCAGCCAGAUUCGAACCAUGACGUGUGCAUGGUGAGGCGCACCUGCUUCAAUUCUUGAGCUCUCCGAGUUACUGGCAGCGUGCAAGGGGAGCUGUAAAGUCACGGAGGGGCAGUGACGAAGUUGCACUGGCUAGGCCUAGAACUCAUUUCGUGAGCUAAGGCGUAGUCAUUCCUGACCCCUUGGACCGCCCUUUUUGCUGCCAUGUCGGAUCCGAGGUAUCCCCACGGGUAUCCGCCUCCGCAGGGUUACCCAGGAGGUUACCCUCCGCAGGGUUACCCGCCACAACAAGGCGGUUACCCACCGCAGCAGGGUUACCCGCCCGCGGGAUACCCUCCGCCUGCGGGGUACCCCGGCGCUCCUCCCGCCGGUUACCCGCCACCCGCGGGGUAUCCCCCGCAGGGUUAUCCGCCUCCCGCUGGGUAUCCCCCUCAAGGAUACCCUCCUGCCGGUUAUCCCGCUCCGCACGGGUACCCAGGUGGUCACGGUCAAGUGGCUCAUGUGCAUGUGGGCCACCACCACAAGCAACACAAGUACAAGGGGAGGAAGCACAAGGGCUUCUAUGGCAAGCACAAAGGCCAUUUCCAUGGCAAACGCAAGGGGUUUUUUGGCAAGAGGAAGGGCUUCUUCAAGUAGUGGCUUGUGUUGUGUGUCUAAAAAUGUAGAAGUCUGAUUACCUUCUGUUCAUUGUAAAUGGUUGUUGGAUAAUUGUAUCAACAUCGUGUCACAGCCUUGCCAAAGUCUAACUAGGGUGC